AUGGCUGUCUUCGCGCUGCUGCGCUGCAAAGAGGGUCGGCUGGGCGGCAGGGUCGGUGGGUCGGACCCACGGCCGAUCCGCCGGCGGCCCUACUUUGACCCAGCGACCCCGGCCAACGUGACGGCCGUGGCCGGCAAGGCGGCCUAUCUCACCUGUCGCGUCUGGGACAUCGGCAAUAAGACGGUGUCCUGGAUCCGACAUAGAGACCUGGCAAUACUCAGCUCGGGUCAGAAAACGUACGCCCACGACAACCGCAUCGUCCUGUACCACCAGCCGGACAGCAACGAGUGGGUGCUGAAGAUCAAGUACGUGCAGCCGAGGGACGCCGGAGUGUACGGGUGCCAGCUGCCGACCGCGCCGCUCAUCAGCCGGCCCAUCCGGCUGAAUGUCGUGGUGCCCACAGCUCGCGUCCUGGGCGAUGGCGAGAUCUACGUGGACGUGGGCAGUACACUGAAUCUCACCUGCACAGUAUCGCACAGCCCUGAACCCAUCGAGUUCAUCUUCUGGUACCACGACCGGGCCGUGAUCGACUACAACACGCCGGCGGGGCGAGUCACGGUCACGAUGGAGCGCGCGAGCACCACCGACUCGCACCUGACCAUCCGGAGCGCCCGCUCGGAGGACUCCGGCAUCUACACCUGCAGCCCCUCCAAUGCCGACCCUGCCAGUGUCAAGGUGCACGUGCUGAAAGGGGAAAAGCCCGCUGCGAUGCAAACCAACCGCUGCCCGAGCCUGGCCGCCUCGCUGGCUCUGCUGCUGCUCCAGAUCGUCGGCGGGUUCCUCCUCUGAGAGAGGACGGCACCCUCGCCCGUCUCCGACGCGUGGGUAGAGGC